UGUGGCACUUCUCGAACUGUAGGCAGAAAUUAAUUAUUUGGGGCAGCUAUAUCAUCCAAAUCUUGUGAAAUUGAUUGGAUACUGCCUAGAGGAUGAUCACCGGCUUCUAGUAUAUGAGUUUAUGCCCCGGGGCAGCUUGGAAAAUCAUCUAUUCAGGAGAAGUUCUUACUUCCAACCGCUUUCUUGGAGCCUCCGUAUAAAGGUUGCACUUGGUGCUGCCAAGGGACUUGCAUAUCUUCACAGUCCAGAAGCAAGAGUCAUAUAUCGUGAUUUCAAAACGUCUAAUAUCCUGCUUGAUUCUAACUACAACGCAAAGCUUUCUGAUUUUGGGUUGGCAAAAGAUGGACCAGCAGAUGGUAAAAGCCAUGUAUCUACAAGGGUCAUGGGCACAUUUGGAUAUGCUGCUCCUGAGUACUUGGCAACCGGUCAUUUAACUGCCAAAAGUGACGUCUACAGUUUCGGGGUUGUUUUCCUUGAAAUGCUGACAGGCAAGCGAUCGGUUGACAAGAACCGUCCAACUGGGGAACAUAACCUUGUUGAAUGGGCAAAACCUUACCUAACUAGUAAACGCCGGAUUCUUCGUGUUAUGGAUUCCCGUAUUGAAGGCCAAUACUCGUUGAGUGGAGCACUAAGAGCCGCUACCCUUGCAAUCAAAUGCCUAGCCAUUGAACCCAAGUUCAGGCCGACCAUGAUUGAGGUUGUGAAAGCAUUGGAGCAUCUUCAGGACUUAAAAGACCAAAAUUAUCACAGCAAUGCAAGCGGCAAUCCUGAUUGUCGCACGAAAUGUGCUGAUGAAGGUUGCGAUGGAAAAGCUGCUUCUUAUCCUAGGCCUUCUGCUUCCCCUAUUCAUGCUUGAAAGAUAUGAGGGACCAAGUUGCCUUCGCAAUUGUUACUUAAACAGGAGUAAAACAAUGAUGUAAGAAAGAAGAUUUAAGCUGGAAUUCGGACAUAUAUUACACCAAAUAUUGGCUGAUUACUGUACAGUUCUUAUAUUUAAUUUGGCUCAUGUAUCUGUUAUUGAUGUUUCUUUGAAAUGUUGUUAUACUUUUGUUGUAUUGUACCUAGAAUAUGAUUAUAUGGAUACUUGAGGAGAUUAGGGAUGGGGUGUUUUGUGGAUAGUUGACCUUAUCUUUAUCUUUAGUUGUGGGAUAGUGUUAUACAGAAACAAAAUUUACAAAUUGAUGUGAUAUUAUAUU